AUGUGCCGCUGGUUCGCCUACGUUUCGCCUACCGAGCCCUGUCUCCUCGAAGACGUACUCAUCACUCCGCAACACUCCCUGUCCAAGCAAGUUCACGAUCACUACCUUCCGAAGCUCUUCUCUCAUGUACCCGGGGAACAGACGACCAAGCAAGAAAUCACGUUGCGAAACCGCCUGUUCAAUGUCGACGGCUUCGGCAUGGUCUGGUACACGCCAUCCCGCUCAGGCUUCAUCACCGACAUCGAAGGCAGCCGCCCAGUCGUCUACAAGAACGCUCAGCCGCCGAACAACGACGCAAACUUCCACAGCAUCUGCGCCGGCACCGCGACGAAGGGCCUCUUUGCGCACAUCAGAGCCGCAACGGGGACCGGCGUCGCGGCCAUAAACAACCACCCAUUCACAUUCGGGCGGCACACGAUCAUGCACAACGGGCUGAUCAGCCACUUCGCCGACAUCCGCCGGCCCAUGCUCGAUCUGAUCGAAAAGUCGGCGUACGAGAACAUCCACGGCACGACGGACUCGGAACACCUGGCGGCACUGUACAUGACGAAUCUGACCAAGGACGUCGGCGGCGGCGGCGGCCCCGCGAGCUGGGAACGACAAUAUAGCCCCGCUGAGAUGCUGGACGCACUCAUCACGUCCUUCCACCAGAUCAUCGCGCUCCAGCAGUCCACCUUGGGCCCGCAAAACGUGCAAGCCUGUUCCCUGAAUGUAUGCUGCACGGACGGACAACAACUUAUUUCCGUGCGCCUGCGCAACCACGCGAUCGAGAACCCUCCGUCAUUGUACUACAGCACCAGCGCAGGCGUGACGCUGAACAGGAAAUACCCGGACCAUCCCGACGCCGGGGUCGAUAACCCAAACCCGAGUAAGAGCGCGGCGGAGCAUGGCAAACACGUGAUUGUGGCAAGCGAGCCGACCACUUACAAAAUUGAAGAGUGGAAUGUCAUUGAGAAGAACCAUGCCGUGUUGGUGGACAGGGAGGGCAAUUGUACCGAGCAGAAAGUGGAUAUACCCGAGAAGUUGCUGGCACAGGCGGCCACGGGGAACCAUUUUUAG